AUGUUCCGCCUGCAAACCUUCACGCUCCGCAAGCCGAUCAGCCCUACUUGCCCACUGCCUCCAAUGACUGCACCUCCCCAUCUCCUACCCUACGGCAUCCCGCCGGAGGUGCUCGACUGCAUCGUCGCCCAUAUCCCGGAGAAGAAAGUGCUCCCGCUCCUGCGCGUCAAUUCGGAAUGGUACGCCGUGGUGAAGCCGUACACAUGCCGCGUACAUUCGUUGAAGUCCCGCACAAUUGCCCAACUGGCUUCGAAGAAUCACAACAUCGACAUCGACAGGCCCUCGGGACGGCCAGUCUUCCGCUCCGCGUGGCUGAGGCACACGCACACCUUGACCAUCGAGCCCCACAACGAGGCCCAGUGUCAAGCAGCCGUGGCGCGCUUGGACCUGCCCGCGCUCCGCACAGUCCGCUGUGCGUUCCGCCCCCACUCCCACCCCUUCGACGGCGGCGAGUGCGCCUUCUUUCGCCUUCCGCAGGUGGUUAUCCUCACAGAUGUCCAAUUCGAGUACGAGCCUUAUCCUCUGCCCCCGCCCAUGCAUCUCCGACUCCGUACGCUCGUGCUGCAAUUCAGCUCGAACGCGUCCCCCAUCCCUCGCGACGUGGAAGAUUUGGACGAGCCAUUUAUAAUUCCAUGUUUCUCGCCAUGGUUCGACCCGAAAUACCAGACUGCCCAGGCCUUCGUCGCGCUCCUCCCCCAACCCACAGACGAGAGCCCGACUCGGAUGUUUGAGGACUUGCUGGUUCUGUGUACGAUGGGCUAUGCAAGCCGAAGAACCGUCAUGGUCGUAGGCGGGUUCAUGGACAAGCGCGCCACCAGCGUCCACAUCGACAAUCAGGUGUACUUGAGCAUCACCGGCCCGUCGUACAGGGAUGUCUCGGCGGCCGACCUAAUGUACCCACUCCUUAAGAAGUACCGCUCCGCUUACAUCAACAGUUUCGUCGACGAGUUAGGUGUCGCGGAGGAGGAACGUGAGGCGACAACCAGAGAGGUGAUUGCAGACAUGGGGAAGGUCGAGUUCUGCUCGCUCCACGAGGUACCUCAAAACUGCUGGCUCAGCCAUGUUCUGCCGAACGACCUGAUCAAGCGUGCCGGUUUUGGCCAGAACCCAAAGUUGUAG